GGAACCAAUAAUCAAAACAAUCCCAGUGGCUAUGGCACAACAGGAUCCAAUAACCAAAACAAUCCCAGUGGCUAUGGCACAACAGGAUCCAAUAACCAAAACAAUCCCAGUGGCUAUGGCACAACAGGAACUAAUAAUCAAAACAAUCCCAGUGGCUAUGGCACAACAGGAUCCAAUAACCAAAACAAUCCCAGUGGCUAUGGCACAACAGGAUCCAAUAACCAAAACAAUCCCAGUGGCUAUGGCACAACAAGAUCCAAUAACCAAAACAAUCCCAGUGGCUAUGGCACAACAGGAUCCAAUAACCAAAACAAUCCCAGUGGCUAUGGCACAACAGGAUUCAAUAACCAAAACAAUCCCAGUGGCUAUGGCACAACAGGAUCCAAUAACCAAAACAAUCCCAGUGGCUAUGGCACAACAGGAUCUAAUAAUUCAAACAACCCCAGUGGUGCUUACGGUUCGGGA